GGAUAACGUUUGAACUGUGUCACGUCAAUUGACUUUUUUUUUCUUUUUUAAUCUGCCAAUGUACGUUGAACCGCAAAUGCAGUCAAUGGGUGGUGUUUACAUGCCUCCGCGGCGAUCCUUUACGUAACACUGGGCUGGGGUUCCAGCUCUCGCGAGAUCUUGGGGAUGGGAAUGUCAAGUGUCAACAACGAGGAGACGACAGCACCGCAGCGUUGGUGUCCGUACACAGCAGGGAGGGGAGAGACGAGGCUGCUCGAACGUCGGGUGAGCCUGAACUUCAAUGAAUAAUGGGGGAUGACCGCCCAUUCGUCUGCACUGCCCCUGGGUGUGGGCAGAGAUUCACCAAUGAAGAUCACCUUUCUGUGCAUAAACACAAGCAUGAAAUGACAUUAAAAUUUGGUCCUGCUAGAACAGACUCUGUUAUUAUAGCAGACCAGACCCCCACACCCACACGUUUCCUGAAGAACUGCGAGGAAGUUGGACUAUUCAAUGACCUGGCCAAUUCCUUUGAACAGGACUUUUGUAAAGUACAGGAAGAGGAUCACAGGACAAAAAACACAGCUUCAACUUUACAAACACAAUGUGCAACUUCACAAACAAAAUGUGCAGCAAAGGUUGAAGAUGAAGAUCCUUUCGAAGUGGAUUCCUCUCCUCCCGAUAGUCCGGACUCUUCCUCCAGCAUGUCAGACAUAAGUAGAGAUUCAAGGGAGAUUCUGACAAAGCCGGUAGCGAGUUCUGCCCCGACUCCAACCAUUGUGCGUCCAGGUUCUCUGCCUCUACACAUAAGCAAUGAUUCUCUACACCCUACGCUGCCAUCUCCAACGUCUGUCAUCACGCAGGCGCCGCCCUCCAACCGACAACUCAGCUCACCGACAAGCUCUUAUCCCCUCGUGAGGCACCUCGUGAAUGGGCAAACAGUCCCUCUUCUGCCCAGUCCUCUGCAGAUCACCUCAGUCAUAUCUCUGGCAAGGCCUGGCAACUCGGUGCCCAACAUUCCUGGGAUCCCAGGACCCCCAUUGGGCGGGGCCAGCAGUAAUUCAUCCUCCCCAUCAGGUUGCCAUCUGCAAUCCGAGACCAAGAUGCGCUUGAAAGCAGCCCUAAGUAAUCAAGGCUCUGGAGCACAUGACGAUGGUGGCGGGGGGGCAGGAUCCUUCCCAGCCGUCCCCCAGAAGCAGGAACAGAGCCAGCAGCCUACUCAAAAUUCAGAUGCACCCUCACCGGCCCAACCACAGGUGUCCCCUGCGCAGCCAACUGGAGGCCGGCGGCGACGAGCUUCUGAGAUGGACCCCGAUGAGAGGAGGCAGCGUUUUCUAGAAAGGAACCGAGCAGCUGCCUCGCGCUGCAGGCAGAAGAGGAAGCUUUGGGUGAAUUCUUUAGAAAAGAAGGCGGAUGAUCUUGCCAGCAUGAAUGUCUCGCUAACGAAUGAAGUAACGCUCCUAAGGAAUGAGGUGGCUCAGCUGAAGCAGCUCCUCCUAGCCCACAAAGACUGCCCCAUCACUCUUAUGCAGAAGAAAGCUGCUUUCUUAGCUGCAGGAGGAGAGGAAGCGUCCCGGGAGAUUUCAGCCGAGCCCAUCGGAUCGCCGGCGGCGGUCAUCCAGCGUGGACCGUCUCCCUUGGCCCCGCCCUCCAGCCCAGGACCCACCAUCAACGGCAUGAGCGUCCGCGCCGCAGAGGCGGUGGCCAUGUCGGUCUUGGCCGGCAUGGGAUCGGGCCAGCCGGGAGGGGUUGUCAUGGUGACGCAGUCCCAGUCAACCCCGAGAUGAUCCACUGACGCAGGAAGCCAGUAUAAACUCGAGUGGCAUUUUGGAGGCUGGACUGGUGCCAUGUGUUUAACUAAGGGAGUACCCCUAACCCCCCCACCCCCCGCCCAAGAUUAAGACCCUCUCCUCCCCUCACGGCCAAUGAUAAUCACACAAAGACAGCAUCAGGCCUCCUCCCUCUUGCCCUUCCUCUCUGUGUGUAUGUAAAUAGGGAAAACACUCACAUGAGACAUGUUUGAAUGAAAAGUACGAAUGCAAAAUCGUCAUCAGUCUUUGAUCACUUCAGUCCCACACAAAAUUCAGUGCCUGUCUGUGCGUGACCCCCAAAGCAGGUUUUGAUUUAAAUAUUUGACUGUGUUAUCAUUCACUGGCCUGGCUCGGCUCUCUCCUUUGUGCUCAAACAAUGUAGGUACUGAUGCAGUGACAUGUUGCAAGCUUUUGUGGCUUCCUACCUUGCUUGUGUUUAUCUUUUUAUCCGACACUUUAAUUACGUGCCCCCCCCUCCGACCUCCAGUAACCGUCAAAGUUAGCUCGAUUGCCUCUUGCUUUAAAUACAUCGCCGUGGCAUUUGAUAAGCUUAUGCAAUGUCCUGAACAUUAUUUUCCGUCCAGACCCAAAGUAGCAUUAAUCUACUGACAAUAUUUUUACUGUAGUUAUUUUUCCCCCCAAGUCACAAUCCCCAGAGUUCUCCGCGUCAUUUGUGAAAACAUUCUUUCGCUGCUAGAGAUAACAAUUGGUUCCCCCCCCCCCUCUUAAAUAUUUGAAAUCACUAAAUAUUUACAUUAUUGUACUUUCACCAGUUUUGUUUUUUUCUCGAAGCUGACGAUUCUCAAUGAUUGUUUCACUUUGUAUUUGACUAUUCUUUAUCCAGGUCAAUCAUUUACUCUCUCUUAAACAGAGUGCAAGCUUUCCCACUACCAUUUAGGAUGAAGAUAUAUCUCCCAACACUGCUCAUUAGUUAGGGUUAAAUAAGUUGAAGCCAGCUGAAACUUUUGAAUCACUGUAGUAAUUAUCCAAUGGGUGAUGAUACUUACCGGUUUGUCAAGUUAAAUCUAGUUGAUGUUUUUUUUUUUGUCAGGCAGUUUUUGGUAGGUAGUAGCUAGUUUGUGACAGAACAGGUUAUUGCGUGACAAGCAAUUUGCCAUUUUUAACCAGACGUAAAAAUUAUGACUGCAUGGAUUGUUGAAAGUUGAGGUGUACCACUUUUUUGUCACAGUGUCAGUUUAUUGAGCUGCAAUUUAGGAAUUUUAUAACAUUAAGGAAUUCUAAUGGUUAGCUUUAGAUGGCCUCUACAAAUGGAAACAAAUUAAAACAAGCAAAUAUUUAACCCUUUCGCCAGACAUUUCAGUUGAGGAACGAGUAGUGCAAUAUAUUUUUCUAUCCAUUAUCAAUGUUUUUGCGUUUAGCCCAGCCACUGAGAGGGGUGUGGUCUAAUGCGGUUGACCAGAGAAAAUGUGAAACUUGUUUUGAAUGAGUGAGCUUGGUGGUUGUUUAUGCAUGUCUGUGGAGCAUUACAGAUUUCCUGAGUGCUUCACAACAUUUGGAAAGUAGUUUUAUAUUGUGAAGUAGACAAAAGUGGUUGUGCAAGGUGCUUCUUUUGAAUUGUUGUUUUUAAUUGGAGUUUAUUUUAUAUCACAUUGUACUUCCAACAUUGUCCUGUCCUGCCCCUUGUCACUGUGUCGCCUUUAAAACAACCUGUCAUACGGUUCAGUUUUUUUUUUUUUUUUUUUUUUUUUUAAAUAUAAAUUGCACUGUCUGUAUUUUCCCCUCUUUGUUUUUGUUUUUUUGUUUUUUACCAGUCUUACAUUUAUUUAACAGAGGUUGAACCAUAUACACAUGUCUCCAGUAAAUAUUUGUUCAGAGGGAGUUUCUCAAAUACUCAGGCCUCAAGGUGGGAGAACUACUUGUGUAUAAUUCGUUGUCUUGGGCAAAUAAAAUAAUUUAAUCGGAAAA